GGAAGAGUGUGUUGCAAAUAUUUGCCAGCAGUGCUGCUUGUGAUGCUGCCUACGGACAGCUCCCCGUAGAAUGGUUUAUUUCGUCCCGGAACGUAGCAACGAUAAGAUGGGUUUAGUACGAUCGUUAAAAGACGUGAUGCUAUUAGCGGUGGUGCUGCUAGCGAUCGGUCGGGAAGGGAAUAGAUUUGCGCAAGGUGCUAACAUCCUUUGCCUGAUGGCAGUUCCCAGCCCGAGCCAUCACAUCUGGAAUCGAGUACUGGUGGAUGCGCUUGCAGCUCAGGGCCACAACUUGACGGUCGUGUCACCGGAUAUUGAGCCGCCGAAGCCUAACGUUACGUACAUCCAUCUGGAGAAAACGUACGACACGAUCCACGAGGGUGCGACAGCGAUCGAUUUCUACGAAAUGGGACAGGCAGGCAUGGUGGAGAGCAUGAAGAUAUUCUACGAGUACGCGAUCUCGAUGUGCAUCGGCAUACUGGACUCUAAGGGAUAUCAAACGAUCGUGAACUAUCCGAGUGAUUACAAGUUCGAUCUGGUGCUGUACGAUUUCACCUGCGGGCCGUGUCUGCUUGCCAUCUACCAUCGAUUCGGGCAACCGCCGAUGGUUGGUGUGACGGGAUUUAAUACACCACCGUACACGACGGAUCUGAUCGGUGGUCAUAAGUACUACGCCUAUGUGCCUUACUACACGUUGGAUUACGAUAGCAGCAUGAACUUUUACCAGCGCUUCUACAAUGCGGUUAUCCAUUGGAUUGAUUACUUCUACCGAAACUAUGUGUUUCUUCCCGAAACGGAUCGUCUUGUUAGGGAGCACGAAAAACUGAAGGAUCUCCCUUACCUGGGUGCUCUCGAUCAGAAAAUGAUGCUGAUGUUGGUGAAUUCACACCAUUCGGUUGAUUUCCCAGAACCAAUCCCCCAGAACAUGAUUCAAGUUGGAGGAUUGCAGAUCAUACCUCCCAAACCUCUACCUGCUGAUAUAGACCGAUUCAUCCGAGCCGGUAAGAAAGGUUCGGUUCUGUUUUCUCUCGGUACGAACGUACUCAGCAAAGAUCUUGGUCCGGAGCGUAUCAAAGCGUUCCUGCAAGCGUUCCAACAAAUGCCGUCCUAUAACUUCCUGUGGAAGUUUGAAACUGACCUGCCGUACGAUCUACCACCGAACGUAAUGGUUAAGAAGUUUCUGCCCCAGAACGAUAUACUUGCACAUCCGCACAUUAAGGGUUUCAUGACACAUGGUGGCCUGCUCAGUACACACGAAUCAACCUGGCACGGUGUACCGAUGAUUGGAUUUCCUGUUAUCGCCGAUCAGUAUCGGAAUCUCGCGAAAUCUAUUCGUGCCGGUGUAGCUGAGAAGGUGAGCUUGUGGGAUCUGACCACGGAAAAGAUUCGCAACACAGUGCUGAAGGUACUAGAGACACCACGGUACAGAGAUGCGAUAAAAGAGCGAUCGAGACUUUUUCAAGAUCAGUCGGAAACACCUCUGGAGCGUGCCGUCUGGUGGGUGGAAUGGGCAUUACGACAUCCGAAUGCCAAAACCAUCCAAUCGCCAACACUGGAACUAGGCCCCUGGAAGAGUGAAUUGUACGAUGUAAAGCUUUGUCUUGUGCUAGCUGUACUGUUCGUAUGCUACUUGCUACAUAAAGUAGGUAAAGCCUUGCUUGGUAAAUCUUCUCAGCCGGGUAAAUUGAAGAAAAAAGUCCACUAAUGAUACCAAGGAACGAAUCGACAUACAGCUAGAAGAAUCUCAAUGUAUCGAAUAUUAGAAUAUUUCAAUAAAUUUAUUAUGUUUGGAACAAAAAAC